AUGUCCUACCGAGCAACUCACACAGCCGAGGGGCCAGCGGCACUCGCAGGCGCCAGUCCAGCAUCUGCCUCUCCGUACUUGCCACCACCCUUUGCAAUACAACAUGGAUCGACAGGCCCUGCGACUUUCUCACAAGUGUCCCCGAGCCCUGUACACUCCUCCGCCGCGAUAGAGGAGCUGUUGCGCGAGAACACAGCUCUCAGGGCGCGUCUUCAGCUGUCCGAUGAGCAGCGUGUAACGCAGGAAGUCCUGCGAGAGCAGCUUCACCGCUUCUUCGAGUCUGUCGCGGCGCACGAGCAGGCUAGUCAGAAAGUGCUCACAGACCAGCGGCAGGGCGAUGGAGAAGAGAGCGGCGCGCCAGACGAUGGCGCCGGGGUUGGCCAGGCUUCUUUUAUGAGUACUGCCCUGUCGGAAGUCCUGCACCGUAUGCAGGAGGAGAAGGAGCAGGCUGAGGCGUCCCUUGCGCAGCUACAGAGCAACACGGUGGCUCCCCUGCAUGCGCAGCUUGAGGCGAUGGAGAAUGAGAAGCAGCGGCUCGUGGCCCGGGUAGCGGAGCUGGAGAUGUCCAUGUCGAACACGCCCGCCCCGCCGCUGGUGGCGGAGCUGAGGCAGCUGAGGGAAACCGAAGCACUGCUUCGACAGCAGCUGCAAGAAUACCAAGAGUCCACCAUCACCACCGUCGGCACAUUUCGGUCUACCGUAGAGGAUGGUCUUCUCGCCGCCUGGCGGGUGCCGGAGCUAAUCCACGCGAUGGAGGUCAUCAAGGAGGAUGUCCGUACGCAUCAGACAAUGCAGGUAGCCCAAAGCGUACUUCUUGAGGAGAUGGAGCGCCGACAUGCCGUCGAGCGUGAAACCGAAGCGACGUACCGAAAGGAGGAGACAACAAUGCUGAGGGAGCGCAUUGCCCAUCUCGAGGAUGAGGUGAGCGCUGCCACAGCGCGUGGGGCAGCUUUUGCAGCGGAGCGGGAGGCCAUGGAGGCACAGCUGGCCGCCGCGCAAGAGGCGAUUCGCCAGCUCACGCAGCAGCACAGCGAGGAGCAGGUGGCCUUAGCUCAGAAGCGCCAGCGCGCCGAGCAGGACGCGCGCAGCAACCCAUCGUCGAUCCGAGGCGAGCUGACCAAAUUUUGGUACGAAGGCCGUGACCGCAUCCGCGAGCUGGAGCGGCAGUUGCAGGCGAUGCACACAGCAGAGGCCAACCUGCGCGUCUCGCAGGGCCGUGUCGCACAGCUCGAGCAUGGCAAGGCAACGUUGCUCGAAAAUAUUGCCGCCCUCGCCGCAGAGAUAGAUCGCCGGCGCGAGGAGGAGAAGAAGCUGCGUGCCCAGUGUGCCGGCGUCGAGGCGGAGCGGGAUCGGCUGCUGAUGAGCGUCGCGAAGACUACCGGCUCAUUUCUCUCGGAGGGGGAGCUUCUGGACUGCUGUAGGGCUAUCCGGGAGGCUGCGACGCGGGUGGCGGCUGCGAGCGCCACCGUCGUGGCCGAUCCACAGGCGAUCGAGGAGGCGCGGCGCCGUGCACAGAAGCUGAAGAGCGAGGUGGCACAGCUUCAGCGGCAGAAGGACCAGCUUCAGCGCUUCCUCGUGCUUCAUGAAGAUCGUGUGCGGGCACUGCUGGAGCAGGAGGCACUCCUGCUAGUGCGAGACUCGAAGAGCGGCGAGUCUGCUACGGCCCUCUCUCCGCAGAUGGGCAGCGGCACGGCUCUGAAGGGGGCACCGGGGGCGGCGAGUACGGCUGCCUUUUCGCUGCCGCAGUUCCUCGAGUAUGUCCGGCAGGGCGCCAACGAUGUAUUUCUCCAAAAUGAGGAUACCGCGGCGCGUGCCGUAAGGCCCGGUGGAAAGCGGGGCCCCAACAGACACGCCAGUGCCAGCGGCGAUGGGAGCACUGACAGCUCCGUGACCCCGCACCGCGACUCCUUCUUCGCGCUGCACCAGCAGCUUGUUCAGAGUCAGGAGAGGCUGUUCACCUCGCACCGUGACCUACUCGAGGCGCGCAAUGAGAACCGACGGAUGCAGGCUGAACUGGACAGAACACACAGCGAGCAUGCGGCAGCUGCGGCGGCAGAGGAGAAGGUGCGCCGCUCCAUAGAGGUGGCCAACGCGGCGCUCGCGCACCGCACAACAAGCCUCACAAACGAGCUGCAGGAGCUGCAGCGCCACUACACCUCCGCGGUGACGAUGGUGCGUACUACGUUAGAGGGCCUGUCCAACGUGCUGCAGCUCUACCAUCAGUCGGAGCAGCACGCGGCGAAGCUGCGCGAGAUGGUGCAGCAGGAGCGCCAGGACAUGAGUGACAUGCUGCGGCGCGAGGCAGCGUCGUGGGGCGUCGGUGCGGGCACUGACGGCCAUGCGAACGCACAGGAGGCACAGCACUCCGCUGCGGCCGAGAGAAUCACGGCGGCGCUGCGGGACAUGGAGGCGUACAUCGCCGAGGCGGUUGCCGAGACCACCAGGCAGGCGGCUCAGGACCAGAGUAGCUACAUUGGGAAGCUCGUCAAGGUUAUUCAGCAGCAGGAGGAGCGGGUGCGGGCAGCUAAGGCAGCCUUCGAGGCCUCCGCGCAGGCGCAGGCGAGCAGCCUGGCCGAGCGUAUCAGCGCCGCACAGCAGCAAUGGGAGUCGACGUGGAGGGCCAAGUAUCAAGCCAUUGAGGCCGAGAGGAUGCAGAGCGUCAUGCAGCAGCAUGCGAGCGUCGUUCUGCAGCACGCACUGGAGCAGGCUUUGACGACGCCAGCAGUGGCAUCGUCUGCUGCGUCGCCUGAGAGCACGGCGGCGGCACCUCCUCAGGUGGAGGAGUCCACGGUGCACAUGAUCGACACGCUGCAGGCGAUUCGAAACUUCUUGGCGCAGGCCCGUCAGCGUCAAGCGCAUCAGCAGGAGCAGCUGCAGAAGCUGGAGCAACUCAGGCUUCUGCAGCAACAGCAGAAACAGACUGCCUCGGCGCUGCUCUCCCCUGCAACCGAGCAGACGGCGCCAACAACUGCGUCGGUCGACCCGGUCAGUGCUCCGGCAAUACCACCCUCAACAGCUACCCCACUUGCCGCUGACACUCAGCCACCACACUUGCUUACUCCUCUAUCGAUCACCUCGACCACUGAGACACUUAACGUAGCUCCAGAAUUAAGCACCACGUCUUCCUUCAUGAGGAAGGAGGAUGACAUGACCGAGACAAGUACCCCUUUCCUUCAGCAGCACAUCGUCCCUGCAGUUUCGGCGCCAAUGACAGACUCUACUGCCCUCGCCACCGAGCGUGAGACUCGUGAGGCGCCAACGGAGCACGAGGAGGAAGAGGGUUCCAGACAAGAGGCGGGGAUUUCCAGUGACCCUUGCCUCUCUGCACUAUCGGACGAAGAGCACCCACCCGCUCACCCUGCUACUCCAGGCGCGCAGCUUGACGAGACGGAUGUGCAGGCGGAGCCGCAAGAGUCGGUGGAGGGUGCGACUGCAGGUGCCUCCCAGUCGCGAGUGGAGGAGGAAGACGAAGAGGCGCUGACUAGCCCGCCCACCUCGUUACAGGGGGAGGGGGAAUGA